GCGCAGGCGCAAUGUCGUCAUUCCCAUCGAAAUUUACCGUACACGUUGGAUGGUCGUCACUACUAUAUCGUCGAAAACACCCAGUGCAGCGCAAAAAAACGGGACAAUUUUUGCCCAAGAUUAUAGGGAGUUAUACACGACUUACCACACUUCUCGCCGAUUCAAUUUAUACGAAUUAGAAGUUGUACGCUGAUCUCGAGUCGGCUGUCUUCUGCCAUCAGUCAUGUACAACGGUAUUGGUCUGACCACGCCGCGGGGCAGCGGGACGAACGGCUACGUGACACGGAAUAUGUCGUUCGUCAAAAAGCACAAAGACAAAAUAGACUACAAGUCAGAAGAGGAAUUACAGAAAUUGGACCAAGCGAUGUUGAAGAAGCCAAACCAGGAGAUAUUGGACCAUGAGCGGAAGAGGAAAGUGGAGCUGAAAUGUAUUGAACUGCAGGAGCUGAUGGAGGAACAAGGAUAUCCGGAAGACAAAGUUAAAGAGAAGGUGGCAAUCUUUCGGCAGAUGCUGAUGGACAAAGAAGGUGUAGUUGUGAAAGAUGAUGAAGAGAGCAGACCAGUUGUGACGGAGACCCACCAGCUGGCUGAAGCAAAUGAGAAAAAGAAUGCCAAACUACGUGAAGCGUUUGGAAUCAGUGACGAAUACAAAGAUGGUAGUGCAUUUGAUUCAUCCAAACGUGCUAAGGAUGAACAGGAGCAGAAGAAACAGUACAGUAUAAUCCGUGAACCAAGUGAUUCUCCAUCUCCACCACCAAAACGUAAGAAGAAGAAGUCUGGUAGAGGUCGUAGUCGCAAAAAACGGAAAAACAGGAUACGAAAGAGAUCCGCUAGUGAGUCGCCAGUCAGAAAAGAGAAGAAGAAAAAAUCGCACAAACGCAAACGUGACCGAUCGUCGGAGUCUUCUCGAAAAAGAAAAAAACAUCGAUCAUCCAGUCCAUCCAGACGCCGGCAUAAGGAAAAACGCAAGCAUCGCAAAAGGUCUCCCAGCUAUUCUCCUGCCAGAAAACACAGGCAUCAUAGAAAGAAUGAAUCAUCGGGAUCUGGAAGUGGAACAGAUAGUAGCUACGACUCAAACAGUGAUGUCUCCAGUGGGUCAUCUUCUCGACAUAGAAAGUCGAGGGGGUCGUCAAAAAAGAAAAGCAGACGAGAUAGUCGGUCAUCUUCUUCUGAUAGAUCCCACAGUCCUGUUAGAAGGCACAAGUCUAAAUCAUCAAAAGGUAAAGGACGCAGAUCAUGCUCUGAAUCUGACAGGUCACACUCGAGAAGCCGAUCACCAGAAGUCAGACGAUCACGUAAUGGAUCACCAAAAAGGCACCAUAAGAGUAGCAGUCCGGAGAAAAAGUCCAGAUCGUCGACUAGGAAAUCAAGAGUGUCCUCCUCACCAAGACGACGACGCUACAGCCGAUCGUCAUCUCCUGACAGAAGUCGCUCACCGAGAAGGAGGUCACACAGUCCAAAACGACGAUCACGAUCCCGCAGUUAUUCACGUAGACGUUCUAGAUCACGAAGUCACUCCUCAAAGAGACGCCAUUCAUCAAGUUAUUCACCACAUCGCCGUUCACGCUCCCAAAAUAGUGGAUAUCGACGAAGUCCCAGUUACUCAAAUUACAGCCCAUCUAGGGUGCACGAAAAGACAAGAAAGAGCUCCACUUCACCAAAAGAUGAGAAAAGUUGGUCACCACCAAGGAAAAGGCGAGAUUCACCAAGUCAUCUGGAACCCAGGCGAAUAACAAGUUCACAAGACAGAAGACAUGAUUAUUACCGCCACCGCUCCAGAUCGCCAUAUCAUCACAGAAGCAGCAGACACCGUUCCCGCAGUCCCAGUCACCAUCAACGCGCCAGAAAACGCCCAGUGCCAUAUCAUCGUCCUACACCUCCAAGUUCCAGCGAUGAUGACUCGGAUGCCUCUGAUUACAGCCACUCAUACAGUCGAUCAAGGUCAUGGUCGAGGUCACGUAGUUACAGCCGAAGUGACAGCUUCAGCAGUUGUGGUCGACGGUGAACCAGCUAAUUACAUGUCAACACUAUUUGUUUACAACAUGACUAUUUAACAAUAUUUAUUUUAUUUAUUUGGAGGUGUGUAUAUAGUUAUCAUCGGCACGUUGUGUGGCCUGGGUGCAAUAUUUGAAUUUUUUAUUUUAAACCUAAAGAAAUUGUUUUGUCUGGAAAGUAAAUUUUACUCUGCAUAAAUCUUUGUCCAUUACUGCCAUUCUUUUCAAUAAAAUUAAUGUUGAGUAUGAAUUUGGUGAAUUUUGUUGAAUUUGCAUUCUUCAAAGGUGCUUCUCCGAAAAAUCUUUGCUGCCGGUCAAUGUCUAGUUGAAUGUCAUAGACAUAGGUGAAUAUCAGCUUGAAAGUCUUUGUGGCAGGUCAAUAUCAGUGCAGCAGGUCAACAAUAUCAGGUUGAAUGUUAUGACAGGAUUUAAAUUUGAAGGAAAUAAGACUAAGUUUUAUUUCAAAGCAAUAGCUAAUAUGCAAUUUUUUAUUGAAAUUGUUGGCUUGUGUGUGCAAAGCAGAAUUCUGAGUCUUUGAAUGUACCUGGCCGUCUGUCUGUCUGUCUGUGUGUUUGUUCUAUCAAUAUCUCAAGAACUGCUCAAAUCCCAUUGAAAUUUAGUAUGUGGGCGCUGUGGGAUAUUCUUAUUAUCUGUUUGCAUAUUUAUUACUUAAUUUGCAUAAUUAUCAGUGUAUUAUAUAGUAAGUAUAUCAUAAAAUGAAAUAUAACAGAAAUUAACAAACCUGAUAUAGUGUAAAUUAAUAUUUUAAUUUGCAUAAUAAUUAGGUACUUAGUUUGUAUCUCAAAUCCAGUUUUAUUUGUGUACAUGUACUCAUCAAAAGUAUACAAGAGUGAGCUUUGAUAUUCUGCAUAUUUUAAUUUUCUCAAUGUUCUUAACAUUUUGAUUAUAUUUGACCAUUCAUUAUGAGAAUUAAUACUUAUUUGAGAGAUAUGAACUAUGCAAUAUUAAAAUUAAUAUUAUUUGAAGCUUACUUGCGUAUAUCUUUUGAAUUGCCUUUGAAUUUACCCAAUUCUGUUUGAACUUGGUCAAACUUGAUAAAACAUUCAUUUAAUAAUCUGUUUUGAGUUGAUUUUCAUCAAACAUGACUGCAUUUGGUCAAAAUAGCACUUGACCCAUUCCUGAAAGACACAUUAGGGGUGUUUCAAUAUAUUUACAAGAUUAAUUGGAAUAUUUAAUUAACUGUUUUGGAAUAUUUUUAUUAUGUCUGUUAUUUUUUCCAACACCUCAAGCACAUGGGAGCUUGUUAGUAUGUGAGUUAGUGAUUCUCCUCACCUAACAUUAGUUUUCUGGAAGUGGAAUGGCGGGAUAAUCAGAGAAAAUAACGGUGGAUAUUACUAUUACUACUACUGGUGUCAGAAUUUAAUUCUCUGCACAAGUUUGUUUUUAAAGUUGUACAUGUUUGUGCAAAUUUGGGGGUUGAAUACGUAUACUUGCCUGUAUAAAGAAACAGGUUUUCACUGCACCAUUGUAUUGUGUUUGUCUCUAUGCCGACAAGGGAUAAUGUAUUGAUGAAACCUCAUUCUUGUGGUAAUGAAAAAAUUAUUUAAUACUUUUUUAGUUUCAUGUUUAUUCGUGCAUUUCUUUGUUCGUGUAAUGGUGACAAGCUUAUGCUGCUGCCGAAAAAAACAUACAAUUUUAUCUUUUACUGUUUGAUGUAGAAACCAUCAGUCAAAAUGGCGACAGUGGACUUUUGACAUCCACUCAGUUAACAUGGAUGUCUGCUGAUAUUGAUUUUUUAUAACGAAGAAUACAUUCCCCUUUAUGGCUUAACCAUGCUAUUUCGGUGGAUUUGCAGAAGUGGUGGUGGUGGUGGGGCGAGUCAUUUGGGCAAAGAGAUGCAAAGGUGACUGCGGCCCCACAGAUACAUGUAGUUGUUUUUUCUAUGCAAUCAGUUGGGAUGUUUAUCAUAUCUAAACAUUACACGCAAUUAUACACACUAUCGUUCAAUGGUUUUAGUGUACGUCUUAGAAUAUUUCUGAAACUUGUUUCUGUUUAUCAUCAAUUGUAUAACUUGUGACCAUCACAUUUUCUGUUAGAUGGCGCUAGAUUCAGAUGUCAACCAAAUGCAAGGUUUUGUUUUAUGAUGGUCGUCAUCGUGCGAGAAAAGAUGUCUUAUCACGUGUAUCAAUUUUAGUGGGUUUAUAUUAAUGCAGUUGCCACCCUGGAGUUCUGUAGAUCACUUUAUCUUUCGCACGAGAAAUUAAAAAUAAUAUUCAUGUAUUUAUGAUUUGCUAUGUAAAUCAUAACAGAUGUUUGAAAUCUUGUAUAUACAUGACAUAACUGAUGUCCACUUUUAUGCCAACAAAAUAUCACAAAGGGCUUUUUUUUCAAAUCUUAUUCAUGUAAUUAUACUGCUACACUUUUCUUCUUGUAUAAUCCACAUCGCUUUUAUUGAACCACAGUUUUACCUUACACCUGUUACUUCUUUGUAUUGUACCGUACAAUCUGUGUUAGAAGCCGCAUCCCCAAUAGAAGUCGCACCCAUUCUUCUUGAAUAAUUACUCAUAUGUGUAGAUGCUCUAAUAGAAGCUGCAUCCCUUUGUUGCAUUGUACCAUUUUAUUAGAAGCCACAGUUUCUAAUACAGAUUUUACAGUAAUCUUUCAUUUCAACCAAUCUUGCAUCAGUUUUGAACUUUGUUUAUUUGGGAUAUUAUUUAAUACACAAGUAGCUAUAAUGAUGCGCAAGUUUUAGUGAAUUAAUACUGUACACAUGCAAUCAUUUCCGUACAAUUAGUGUAUGCUUUGUGGACCUGAUCAGCAGUAUUUCAUUGCAUUUGUAACACCACUAUAUGUUUUGCAUAUAAUCAAUCCAUCCAUUAAUUAAUUGAGUGUAUAUUUUCUCCCUCAAACAUUCAGGCCUAAUUCUGAUAGUUCAAGAGAAAUAAAUGCAACAUGUUGCUUUCAUAUGGAGUCAAGUACGCAUGUGGAAUCUCAUUGCCACAGUUGAGAUUCUUAUUUGAAAGGAAAGCAUUGCUGUCAUCAGAUCUGAAUAUAGUGUCACACAUUAGUCUGUUAUUAUGGUCAGUGUCUGUUUUAAAUUUUUAAAGAUUAAAAAAGCAACAUCAUCAAAUGGCAAAAUGUGUACUUUGUAUCAAAACAAAAUGAAUACUAGAUCAGUCGAAGGCUUGCUAGUGUAUACAAGGACUGAAGUUCAAUUUGUCAUAAAUUUUUUUAAGUUUUAAGUUCCAAUUGUACAUUUUGUGUAUAUUGUUUAUAUGCUUGGUGUCCUAUAGAUUUCAUUUGGAGGAAUAUUAAGACAGAUUUCUCUCUUGUAUUGUAGUCUAUAGAUAGUAAAUAAAC